AUUGAAACCAAUUGAAUCUGGCCUACAAUGACUGCUCGCUUUGCUAUAGAUCUGCAGCGCAUUGCUAUUGCUCAGUUACUUCGUAUUCAUGGUGUGGAUCGCAUAUCCGGUACUGCUCAUGAUGUAGUUGUUGAUGUAACCAGUUUUCACAUUGAGCUGCUUGCUCGUAGUGUACAGGAAGCUGCUGCACAAGACCGACGCACAUCUGCUUGUUUAAUGGAUCUGAUACAGGGUUGUGACGAUGCAGAAGUCAAUAUCUUUGAAUUGAGAGACUAUAUCAAGGAAUGGAAGCAGCAAAACGACAGAGCCAUGGAAAGACGGCUUAAAGCUGUCGCUGUUGCUGCUGCUCGAGCUGCCACAUCCGUCAAUGCCACUGCAUCCAUUACUCCUGCUCUUGUAGAAUCGCUACCAGUGGAAAGUGCUGUAAAAAAAGAUACACAUAUAACUCAGGGUUUGGUGGACAAUCCAGUUGUAUUGAAUGGUUUAAACAAUACAUUGGCUUCUAGAAAUAUUGCUACAUUGGGUGAAGGAGAAAAUACUACUGCACAACAGCAAUUGGAAGAUAAAGGUCCUCCUGCCUUGGGGUUUCCUAGAAUGGCUCCAGGUCCAUUUCCUUUAGAUCCAUACAAGAUGUUUGAAGAUUCAGCAUCUCAAGUGAAUUCAGACGAACACGAUAUGGACAUUGAUGAUUCAUCAGAUAUAGGAUCCAAUUUUAAUGUCAAGCCAGUCGAUCUGUUUCCACCUUGCUUGACAGAUCAUAAUUUUGCAUUGGCAUUGUCUCGUACUGAAGCCGAGGUUCCUUCAUGGGGUAACGACAUUGAUAACAUCAUGAUGGAUUUGGACGACGACCAUGGAGUAGAUGGCGACGAAGGUCGUGGUAAAACUGCAAAUCCAUAUUUAUAUCCAGUCAGUUUUUUAGAGUCUAAGCUAUCCAAAUCUGGUCGGCAAGUAACUCGGUUUUCUCAACAGUCCAUCAAGUUAGCCCAGACAAAGCCUACUAAAUCAAAUCCUGUCAAACGAUCCAUUGAGCUACUCUCACAUAUAGUAAAGGGCUUACAUAUCUGGAAACCUCCAAAUUCUGUUAUUUCCAACCGAGACAUGGUUCAGUAUUUGGGUCGUCGUCAAAUUGUUGGUAUUUCUUCCUUUCGAGAUAGUAUGCUGCCCUAUACACGAAGCCUUAUGGAUGAUCUUUUUUUGAUGAUGCUACCCAACAUGUUUACUGUUUUGGGUUGUGAAAAAAUUCCAGAUGAAAUCCACAUCUUGCCACCAAUUGAAGAGAUGCACGAUGUGCGUACUCGCCACGAAAUGCAUAGUAAAAAAGUAGAAACCUCGACAGCUUCAACAGUAUCCGCUCCCAUCGCGACUAGCCACACUUUACCAUCUGCUUCUCAUCCUCCUGUUAAACUAAAGACUGUUUUGACAAUGAUGCCAACUCCAGCACCUGUGUCCACUCCAACGUCCAAGCCGAUCUUUGUCAAAUCAUCCGCAUCUACAAUUGCGACCACUCCAACACCUGUUUCUAUACCCUCUACGCAACAUAUUCGCCUAUCCCUAUCUUCACUAACAAAACCCAUCACCACUUCAACGGAAAAGCAUUCAGCAUCAGCCAUAUCUGCAUCCGAGUCAACUUCCAUUACACCAUAUACUGAAACAGCUACACCAUCCGUUUCCAAUCCUCAAAUUAGAAAGAUUUCUUUUAAGCCAACCCAAACUCCCGUUUUCUCUAAUCCAUCGGAAACUGCUCCAGUGACUACUCUAGCAUCUGCCACUCAUGCUCCAAUAGCCAAAGUCCCUUUUGUCGCAGCUAUGCCAUCUUCAGAAACUUUGACCAAAACAGAAGUGGCUCAGCCUAUAGCAAGACCUACUAUUAAACUUAAACCGUUUGCUUUAUCAUCCAAACCACAACCUCAAACAUCUGCUUCAAAAUCACCCCAACCGAUUGCUGCGGGUGUUUCUAUAUCUAAGCCAGCAGAGAUCGUGCCUGCUACAACAGCAUCUACCUUUAGUUCAGCUAUACAACCAUUGUCCGAGCCUAAAUCCAAAUCCAACACAUCUCCGCACAAAUUAAAGUUGAAGUUCAGCAUUGCUACACCCAAACCCUCUUCAUCUGCUACUGCAGCGACUUCAACUCCCUCGGCUGUUUCUUCACAUGCAUCCUCUCACGCUAUUACCAAUUCUGCUUUGCUGACACCAUCCAUGAUUCCUUCUCAUCCAAUAUCUAACGGAGAGCACGAUGAUGACGAAGAAGUAAUCAAUUGCAUCUGUAGUAUCCCUACGAUUGAUGAUGGUACAUUUAUGAUUGCUUGUGAUAUAUGCAGUCACUGGUUUCAUGGGCGUUGCGUAAACGUGUAUGCCGAAGUAUCCCAAUGGCGAUGUCCUCGCCAUCCUGAAUAAGCUUAUUAAACUAGUCUAAUUGGCUACAGUUUUGAUUUGGCAUUCGUUAUAUUUUUGGAACUAUUUUGAUAUCGUUUUCCAUUUUAUAAACUAAUAAAUAUGCUUUAGGUUAUAUUGCAUAUUAAUUGUAUUUACGCUGGCUAGUAAUAUCAAACAUGAACUGUUGGUUUAGUCUACUGAUGUGAUGAAUAUCGAGUCUAGUUUCUAUAUAAUAAAACGAGUAGUAAUUACU